UAGAGAAGACAACAUGGGAGUUAUUGCUGUCACAUUCCUUGCCCUUGGAUGUGCGGCACUUCUUUCUGCUUCAAGUUCAGCUGAGACGAACCAGAAGCAGGCGGAAGCGGUCCACCUACUGGAGAACAGACUUCUUCAGAUCCUUGAAGAACUGGAUGACAAGACGCAGCAACAAGACGUUGAUGAGAGGGUGGAUACCGGAGGAGAAGAAGAUGCUCUUAGUAUCCGCGGACAACCUGAAGACGUACUAACCAGGAAGCAAGGCUGUGAAGGACAUCAGACAGGAGACCAGUGGGGGUCAUCUGAUCAUGGCAACUGCAUCUGUGAAGCACCAGACCGUCUCUGCUAUCAUGUUGACUGUCUUCUUGGUUCUAAGAUCGCCAAGGACUCCAAUGAUCUCUGGGCCUGUGAAGUUGUUUCCUCCAAAAGAGGCAUUACAGGAUCAGCCGUAGCGAUGGAUAAGGGAAUGGAGCAGUUUACUGGACGCGAAAUAUUCAGCAUCGCUACUGGUGUCUUUGGCGUUGUGUCAGCCAUAGUCGGCUUCACUGUCGACCGCAUCGAGUCUGCACAAACAACGGAUCAGCUUAACGAGAUACAAGAUCAGAUUCGGCAGCUGGACAGGAAGGUGGACGAGUUGGCACAAAGUGUCAGUGAUCUACAGCUGGGACAGGAGUACCUUCAACAAGUCAUUCUGUACGGCAGGGACGAAAUGCGACUGAGGAACAUGCUGGAUACGCAAGCCAAAAUGCAGAUCAGCAACGGACUGUACGAACUACCUGGCAAGAACGUUCAAGCUUGGGCAGACAGUGUCCUCAGUCACGGUUCAGAUGGAGUAGAUCAGGUAUUGUACAAUCUACUGGAUAUGGUGAAACCCCACUCAGGAGUCUUUGGAGGAAAAUCUCUAAUGGAAAUAUGUCACCUGCGACUCAUCAACGGGGACAAUCGGGACAAGUAUACCGAGAAGAUGCAACAGAAAGCGGCGCAGAUCUAUGGGCUCAUUGGAGGUGGUUAUUCUGUGUGGAUCACAGCUCUGCGAAUCAAGGGGCGUGCAAGUGACAUCCCAGCCAAGACAGAAGAGAUGAAAAGCGAGCUUAACACUGUGGGAACAUCCCUGCUAGAAUAUACCAAACCGAAGAACUGGCGCACAGAUUGGCAUUGUGGGUCGGCCUAUCCUGCAGACAACGGAGAAGCUGCUAAAUGCCACCCUGAUAGCAAAUUCCCAUGCUGCUCCCCACACAACUGGUGCGGCAACACUGCAGACCACUGUAGCUGUUCUGGAUGUGUCGACUACCGGGCCCCGCAGGGGAAAGGGUCGUGGCGCGCUGAUUUGCGUUGUGGUGCGGGCUUCCCGGCACCGAACGGACAGCCUGCUCAAUGUGACCCUGACGGCAAGUACCCAUGCUGCGCCCCAAGCAAGUGGUGUGGCAACACUGUGGCCCACUGUGACUGCAAUGAUUGUGUCGACUACUCAUCCUUGGGUCUGUAAUUGGCCCCUCUCUCUCUCUGUCUCUCUCUAUCUCUCUCUUUUUCUCUCUGUCUCUCUCUCUGCCUCUCU